GCAAUUCCCUCCCCACUUCCGGCACUGCCGAAGCGCCGCCGAGGGCUUCCGGGUUUGGGCCUGGCGCUGCGGCUGAAGCGGCGGCGGCCGAGGGACUAGGGCAGCGGGAGCGCGGAACCGGCAUGGACGUGUCAGGGCAGGAGACCGACUGGCGGAGCGCCGCAUUCCGGCAGAAGCUGGUCAGUCAAAUUGAGGAUGCCAUGAGGAAAGCUGGCGUGGCCCACAGUAAAUCUAGCAAGGAUAUGGAGAGCCAUGUGUUCCUGAAGGCCAAGACCCGGGACGAAUACCUUUCUCUCGUGGCCAGGCUCAUUAUCCAUUUUCGAGACAUUCAUAACAAGAAAUCUCAAGCUUCUGUUAGUGAUCCUAUGAACGCACUCCAGAGCCUGACUGGUGGACCUGCCACAGGAGCUGCGGGAAUUGGCAUGCCUCCUCGUGGCCCGGGACAGUCCCUGGGUGGGAUGGGUGGCCUUGGCACCAUGGGGCAGCCGAUGCCACUUUCGGGGCAGCCACCUCCCGGGACAUCAGGGAUGGCCCCUCAUGGCAUGGCUGUUGUGUCUACGGCAACUCCACAGACCCAGCUGCAACUCCAGCAGGUGGCGCUGCAGCAGCAGCAGCAACAGCAACAGCAGCAGCAGUUCCAGCAGCAGCAGGCCGCGCUGCAGCAGCAACAGCAGCAGCAACAGUUCCAAGCUCAACAGAAUGCCAUGCAACAGCAGUUUCAGGCGGUGGUGCAGCAGCAGCAGCUCCAGCAGCAGCAGCAACAGCAGCAGCAGCACCUGAUUAAACUACAUCAUCAAAACCAGCAACAGAUACAGCAGCAGCAGCAGCAACUACAGCGGAUGGCACAGCUGCAGCUGCAGCAGCAGCAGCAACAGCAGCAGCAGCAGGCUUUGCAGGCCCAGACGCCAAUACAGCAGCCACCAAUGCAGCAGCCACAGCCUCCCCCCUCUCAGGCACUGCCCCAGCAGCUGCAGCAAAUGCAUCACCCACAGCACCACCAGCCGCCGCCACAGCCCCAGCAGCCUCCAGUUGCUCAGAACCAACCGUCACAGCUCCCACCACAGUCACAAACUCAGCCAUUGGUGUCGCAGGCACAAACGCUCCCUGGGCAGAUGUUAUAUGCCCAACAGCAACUGAAAUUUGUCCGAGCUCCUAUGGUGGUACAGCAGCCACAGGUGCAGCCUCAGGUGCAGCAGGUACAGCCCCAGGUGCAGCAGCAAACAGCGGUGCAGACAGCUCAGGCUGCCCAGAUGGUGGCUCCUGGAGUCCAGAUGAUCACGGAAGCCUUGGCCCAAGGCGGGAUGCACGUAAGAGCCCGGUUCCCGCCCACCACCGCUGUGUCUGCCGUCCCAUCAAGCUCCAUCCCUUUGGGCAGACAGCCCAUGGCACAGGUUGGCCAAAGCAGCCUCCCCAUGCUGUCCUCGCCGUCGCCGGGCCAGCAGGUGCAGACACCGCAAUCGAUGCCCCCUCCCCCCCAGCCGUCCCCGCAGCCUGGCCAACCCAGCUCGCAGCCCAACUCCAACGUCAGCUCUGGCCCUGCCCCAUCCCCCAGUAGCUUCCUGCCCAGCCCCUCACCGCAGCCCUCCCAGAGUCCAGUGACGGCGCGCACCCCACAGAACUUCAGCGUCCCCUCACCUGGACCUUUAAACACUCCUGUGAACCCCAGCUCCGUCAUGAGCCCAGCUGGUUCUAGCCAGGCCGAGGAGCAGCAGUAUUUGGACAAGCUGAAGCAGCUGUCCAAGUACAUCGAGCCCUUGCGCCGCAUGAUCAACAAGAUUGACAAGAACGAAGACAGAAAAAAGGACCUGAGUAAGAUGAAGAGCCUUCUGGACAUUCUGACAGACCCCUCUAAGCGGUGUCCCCUGAAGACCCUGCAGAAGUGUGAGAUCGCCCUGGAGAAACUCAAGAAUGACAUGGCAGUGCCCACACCCCCACCACCCCCAGUGCCGCCAACCAAACAGCAGUACCUGUGCCAGCCACUUCUGGAUGCCGUCCUGGCCAAUAUCCGCUCACCUGUCUUCAACCACUCCCUCUACCGCACGUUUGUACCAGCCAUGACAGCCAUCCACGGCCCACCCAUCACGGCCCCGGUAGUGUGUACCCGGAAGCGCAAGCUUGAGGAGGAUGAGCGGCAGAGUAUCCCCAGUGUGCUCCAGGGUGAGGUAGCCAGGUUGGACCCUAAGUUCCUGGUGAACUUGGACCCUUCUCACUGCAGCAACAAUGGCACCGUCCACCUGAUAUGCAAGCUGGAUGACAAGGACCUCCCAAGUGUACCCCCACUAGAGCUCAGCGUGCCUGCUGAUUACCCUGCUCAGAGCCCGCUGUGGAUCAACCGGCAGUGGCAGUAUGACGCCAACCCCUUCCUGCAGUCGGUGCACCGCUGCAUGACCUCGAGGCUGCUGCAACUCCCUGACAAGCACUCGGUCACCGCCCUGCUCAACACCUGGGCCCAGAGCGUCCACCAGGCCUGCCUCUCGGCCGCCUAGCUGGGACUGAGGGACAGCCAGCAGCCUCAUCAGGGCUGCAGACACACACCUCCUGUUGGACAUUUCUAGGUGUCAGUUCCUUAGAGAGCCUGGGGUUAGGUUAGCUUUCCUGCUUUUAUCUUCUGCCUUGGGGACCUGCCAGAUGAAAUUCCCACAUUUGUACAGAACUGACACAGGAGCUGACUGCGUGGGGGUGCUGCCGUCUUCUCAAAGAAGAUUCUCCACACAAUUUCCUCAAGGAGUCAGACACACCUUUGACCACGAUCCUCAGGCUGCUCUUACUGCGGCCUUUCCAGGGUCCGGUCCGGGUCCAUUCUCAGCAGCACAACUCAGGGUCUUGUUUGAGCCUCAUGUGUGUGCUAGAAUACACCUCUACUUGUUCCUAUAGGAGAACACAGAGGACAUAGGAAACCCUUAAGACACACACGGUUUUCUGAUCGUGGUUUUGGGUUCAGGCUGUGCCACUUUUACCAAACGGGGCAACCAUGGAGAAGCUCCCGGGUCCAGGGCACAGGCUGCCUCUUGGGAGGUCUGCAGGUGCUGCUAGCUCCCUGCCUCCACCUGGGCCUCAGCCCUCAUGGCAUUCCUACUCAGCACGGUGGGGUGAUCAAGGAGCAGGGCGUCAAGGGAUCCUAUCCCAGGUACUCCUGUGCAACUCUCAGUCCAGAGCCAUGUCCCCACUGUGAAGAAUAAAAAGUGAUGUCCUCGGGAUGUGGCAUCCUCAGAGCACCACAUGCUCUGUGCCGUUCAAGAGCAUGGGCCCCCUGCAGGGAUGGGGCCACAUAGCACCUUCCUGUUUUGCCCACCACUCUGGGCACCAGCCAGCCCUCUGGUGAUGAGAGGUUCCUCCUUUUUAUGUGCACUACCCCAUCAUCUGUGGUUCUUACAAUAAAUUUAUUAUUCCUGUGUUUGUCA